AUGUCGGAAUCAACGUUUGGGUUUAUGUCUCAGGUAUUUUUCGUGGAUGGACUCUCUGGCCAGAAACCGAAGAGGCCGCGUGUUCUAUUCCAGACAACGCCCCGCUCACACGCAGCGCGUGUGGCGCAUGAAAAGCGCAAGGCAGUCAAGGCACCUAAACACGUGCAACUUGAACCCAAAACGGAGGAGCCAAAGCGUGGAGAGUUUCAGGGAGCGGUUAUACGUUACAAUGCUAAGCUGGCGGAUAUCCCGACAUCGAUAAAAAUAUACUGGAAUGUGGUUGUUCCCGGCGUGAAGCCACUGUUUACUCUCUUCAAUACGCGCUGCGUCACAAACGAAGAGUGGCUGCCGUACAUGGCACAGGAUGUAUUCUUCCACGCCGGCGCAGCAGCCAUGCAUGCGGCGCACGAUCAACUCAUCAACCCCGAGUUCCGCACUCGACCAUCUCAAAUCAUCUACGAGCAUCGCGGCAAAGCAAUGGCUGCAUUACGCACUCAUCUGGCGCGCGGAGGGGAGAUGAACGAUGCUGUGCUGAUCACAGUGUGCUUCCUUGCCCUGCUGGAGCGCCGCUUCGACGAAAUCGAGGCGCAUAAUACGCACAAGCGGAUUCUCGGGGUACUCGUGGCUGCCCGCGGCGGGCUCGAUGCGCUCUCUCCGUAUAUAAAGAGCGUCCUGAUGCAGUAUGAGUUUCCCUGGGCGAUGGAGACGGGGGCCUCGGUGCUUCCCAGGACGCAGCGGCGGCAACCACUGUAUCCAUCUGUUCAUUCGACUGAACUUUUGAUCAAGCACAUACGCAGAUUACCCGAUGGAUUCGCGAUCCUUGCUCUGCAAGGAAAGCUUUCGACGCAUUUUCUGAGUAUCCUAGAGCGCUUCAUCCAAUUCGAAUCUGGAGAACUUGGGCUAGACGGUAGCCCAUCACAAUCCGGCUAUAUGUUCGACGACUUCUGGGACACGUUUCCGCCGCUUUCGCUGCGUGAUACAGAGGAGCCAUCGUUGGACAAUCUGCUGUUUCUCUGUUUGCUAGUGUAUGCGGGAGUCCGGUACAGUGCUAUUCCUCCGGUGAAUAAUAUAUCUGUAUGUAUGCGGGCAUCUCUUAAGGCGAAGCUCCUUCAAUGCCACCAGAUAAGGGAGCCAGAAGUAGAAGAGUGUUUGUAUUGGAUAUGGACGGUUGCAGUUACGGCUUGGCGGCAGAUGGACGGAACACUGGAUAAGCCGGGUAUGGAGCUUCUGCUGCGGCAGCGUAUUCGAUUUCGGUAUCUUGGUAGUCAGAACGAGCAUGAAACGGUUCUGAAAAGGUUCUUUUGGGAUGAUCGUUGUCAGAAGACUUGUCGGGAACUGUUUGAGAUAGCUGCCAAGGGCCAAGCCUCAUCAGACGUAUAAUGUAUAGCUCAUUCCUUCCAUGUCCUUCCUUAGCCCCAAUACCACGAG